AUUUCAACCAGAUCUCAGGCGCAGAUACCGAAUGUUUACGGCACAGACCAGUCAAAUGUAGCCUGAAGUCUGGAAGGGAAAGCCCACAGGAAGUUUUCGUGUAGCCUAUUGCGCUAAGCAGAUAGAAAUCCUUCCGUAAUGAACUGACCGGGAACGCUCGCUACCGCUUAAACGUUACCACUAGCGAAUACGAUCUGAACUGUCUGGACUGGACCGACAAAACAGUCGGAGAGCCUUUAGACAUUGAACCUGUUUUUCUCGGUGUCACCGUGUCCACCUUCCUAGCGGCAUUUGUGGGAUUUGCUUAGUGUCAGCAUCAGUGGCGGUUUUGGAAUCACACCUGCUUUUGCGCUCAUGUUGUGGCAGCGUGGAGUCAGAAAUCCGUUAGGCUAGUGUGAAGAUCCAGCCCCUCCCUCGCUCAGAAAACAGCUUUCUUUUCAUCAUGGCUCCUUCGAUGGACAGGCAAGGAUACUGGGGGAAGCCAACAUCUACACUCGAUUGGUGUGAGGAGAACUAUGUCGUGUCAUUCUACAUUGCAGAAUUCUGGAACACGGUCAGUAACCUGAUGAUGAUCCUGCCUCCCAUCUACGGAGCCUGGCACACACUCAGGAACGGCCUGGAGGUCCGCUAUGUCUACUCUUUCCUGGGUCUGGCAGCGGUAGGCAUUGGUUCCUGGUGCUUCCAUAUGACGCUGAAGUACGAAAUGCAGUUGCUGGAUGAGUUGCCAAUGAUCUACAGCUGUUGUAUCUUUGUAUAUUGUAUAUAUGAGUGCUUCAAGCAAGAAAAUGCCAUCAACUAUCUCCCAAUCAGCCUGUUGCUGCUGUUCAGUAUUUCAGUAAGUUUGGUUUACUUGCAAUGGAAAGAGCCCAUUUUUCAUCAGGUCAUGUAUGGGGCUCUAGUAGCUUGCCUAGUUAUUCGGUGUGUUUUCAUAGUUACAUGGGUUUAUCCACAGCUGAGGCCGCUGUGCUACACGUCUCUGGGGGUGUUUCUGCUGGGAUUCCUGCUGUGGAACAUUGAUAACCUCCUCUGUGAUUCCCUGAGGGCCGCUCGCCAAACACUGCCCUCUGGUGUUGGCGUGGUGACACAGUUCCAUGGCUGGUGGCACAUUCUGACAGGAUUGGGUUCCUACCUGCACAUCCUCCUCAGCCUCCAGAUCAGAUCAACCUACCUCAAGCACAGACCAAAGGUUAAGUUUGUGUGUGGUGUGUGGCCGACCCUGCUCAUCCAGUCAGCCAAGACCGGGUGAAGAGCGAGGGCCUUCCGCCACCAGCCUCAGAGAGAGGUCCUGCUCCGCUCCGCUCCGCACCGUGUCUCGAGACGACCUCGACUCCCGCGGACGCCAGGCGGAGGUUUUCUGCCGCAGGUUCAGCUGGGUUCCUUCGUUUUGCCAAGUGUAGUGUUGAGAAGAGAACGUUACUAGAAAACGGGACUGUUCAACUCUCAUCCUUUUUAAACAUUUGAGUUAAUUACUCAACAAUUAGUUUGUACCAUUUUUUAGGAGAUUUUGAGGUGACACGAUUAGUUCUGAUUUUGUAUUUAUUUAAAUGCCUUGAUCUAUGGGCUCAAUACAUGACAAUGUUGAAAAAGACUGCAAGAUCUUUACCUCAGAUAGUAUUCAACACAGGCAUAUUUUAUUCUGUGUUCUGCAAGAUAGUUUGUUCAUAAAGAAAGUCAUAAUCCAUUUGCCAUUAACAUUUUAAGUGUCUUAAUAUUCAUGGUAGAUCACUUUCAAAAGUCAUUAUCUUAACUGGAAAAGUAAUUAAUUCAAAAUUAGGGGUGGAGGAAAAAUCGAUACAGUGUAGUAUUGUGAUAUUUUUGACAUGAUACCAUUAUGGUACAGUGGCACUAAGUUUCUUAGUAUUUUUUAUUUAAUUUCUAUUUGAUUUGAUCUGGAUACAUGCGUCUACUCUGAUAAAACUGUCUGAAGAACUUAAAAUAUACAUAAGACCUGAUUCUUCUCUUGAGUCAGCACAGAAAUGGGAAAGGAAGUCAAAGCAAAGAACAAAGAACAAAGUCAAGAACAAGAUGGCUUCAAAGUCCCCACUAAAGAACAAGAUGGUUCUAGAGUCCCCACUAGAGAACAAGAAGGUUCUAGAGUUUCUACUAAAGAACAAGAUGGUUCUAGAGUUCCCACUAAAGAACAAGAUGGUUCUAGAGUUCCCACUAAAGAACAAGAUGGUUCUAGAGUCCCUACUAGAGAACAAGAUGGUUCUAGAGUCCCUACUAGAGAACAAGAUGGUUCUAGAGUCCCCACUAGAGAACAAGAUGGUUCUAGAGUCCCACUUAAGAACAAGAUGGGCCGAAAGAAAUCAGAAAACUGAAUCGCUAUACUUGCUGUAUUCUAAAAAGUUCCAAUAAUAUGGUACAGUGUCGUGGCCCAAAUAUCAUGAUGUUAUCGUAUUGUUCUUUGGUAAUUCUCACCCUUUGUACAUAACCGAUCAGAAUGAAGUUGUGAGUGAGGGUUUUCCAUGCAGAUGGAUUUCUUUACUAAAUGGAUAAACAAGAAGUCAGCGCAGCAUUAUUUGUUCAGACUAUACUGAUAGACACCAACGCUACACAGUCUGCUGAUUGGAAGAUUAUUUCCUAUGAGCUGGUCAAACAAUGACCAGAAUGAGAUCAUCUACGAGUUGACAAUUGAAAUGUCAUUCUCUAAUGGAGUGUCCUGUAUAAAACAGAAGCUUUUCAGGAAAAUUAUGUUCAGACGUUUGUUUUGGACAUGGAUCACAGAGGAUGCUAUGCAGUGGUGCUGAGUCCAGUGGUGUUCACAGGAUUUGUUCAGAUUACUCUCUAGCCUGAGCCCAGUUCUCCACCCACUCUCUAAAGCCCACUCACCCAGUUCUCCACCCGCUCCACCCACUCUCUAACCUGAGCCCAGUUCUCCACCCGCUCUCUAAAGCCCACUCACCCAGUUCUCCACCCGUACGAUGAACGCCAAAUGGCGUAUCUCGCAACUCGCUCUCUAAAGCCCACUCAUUCUGUAUUCAGUUCUCCACCCGCUCUCUAAAGCCCACUCACCCAGUUCUCCACCCGCUCUCUAAAGCCCACUCAUUCUGUUCUCCACCCGCUCUCUAAAGCCCACUCAUUCUGU